CUCCCAUACCCUACCCUGAAUAAAAGAACUUUACCGUAAAAUAACAAGCAGAAGAAGCUAUUCGAUUAUUUUUCGAUGAGAAACGAAAGCGUUAGAGGUUGGCGUUCAUUAUUCUCCGAUAACUCAGAUAUAUUGUGGAAAUUAGAAGAUUCGAAACUGAUCAACUUAAACGCAAAAAAAAAAUGUGGUGCCUGGUUGCUCAGCCGAAUGCGACCAAAAAUGCGGACUUAGUUAUUGAAGUACGCCUCAGUCAUAAAGCAACAGGACAGGAGUGUCUUAACCAGGUGUGUCAAAAGCUUGGCAUCAUUGAAUCAGAUUACUUUGGCCUCCAAUUCACAACAGCUAGAAAAGAAGAAAUCUGGCUCAAUCUGCGGAAUGAAAUUCGACAAGAAAUUCAUGCACACCCCUUUAGGCCAACAUCAACUGACGGUGGCAAACCAGCUGCCAUCCGUUUCAGGUUGAGAGUCAAGUUUUGGGUGCCUCCCCAUCUCAUCUUGCAAGAAUCCACAAGGCAUCAAUUCUAUCUGCAAGCCAAAGUGGAUUUGAUUGAAGGCAGGUUGUCAGUUGCAGAUCCUGCUCCAACAGUUCGGAUUUGUGCUCUUGUAGCUCAAUCUGAAAUGGGAGAUGCAACAGGGAUGCCCUGUCAGACUGAAUCUUAUUUACUCAGUUUUUUUCCUCAUGUGACUGUUCGAGACCUUGAAUCUUUUCAAGCUAGCAGAGAUGAGUGGAUAGCACGAAUUCUUCAACAACAUCAGACCUUAAAGGGUAUGUCAGCUACUUUGGCUGAGUAUUGGAUGUUGAAAGAAGUUAGCCAGUUAAAAGACUACGGUACUGAAACUUUUCGGGCACGUUGGAUACUUGCCGAACACGGGGCAUCUAUGCGAGAAUCGGUCCAAAGUACUGUAGCGGUUAGCCCACAAGGUGUAUGCAUAACAAGUAUCGAAAGCGAUCAUCGCUUAAGCGUUCCUUUCUGUGCAAUUCAAGCUGCCACGAAUCACAACGUACGUUUUCUAUUGAAGCAUCGGAACGAUCUUGGUGGCGUCGAAUGUGCAUCACUUAAAUUAGAGACUUAUCAGGCAUCGAUCGCAUUGUAUCGGUCUAUAACAGAGAAGCAUGCAUUUUACAGCUGUGAGACUGUUCGCAGCGCAGUAACUUCUCAAUUUGUCCGUGAUUUGAAAGGCACCAUCGCAUCUUUUUUCAACGAAAAUACUGAUCUUGGAAAGAAAUAUAUCUUUGACAUUCAACGCACCUGUCGUGAGGUAUACGAUAACGCUCGACGAAUCCUUUAUCAGGCUGGAGAUACGCAAGUUCCGGCUCCUUCCUCGCCUUCUUUGAGCUUCCCAACUGGUGUGGCAUCUUGCUCGGAUUCCUCGUGCAAAUCUACACGGGAACAAUUGAAUCGGCUGCAAGAAGCGCUCCUUUGCCGUAUAUGCAUGGAUGAUGAUAUUUCGGCCGUCUUCUGUCCUUGCGGUCACGCUGUUGCUUGUUCUUUAUGUGCCAAGCGCUGCGUCCAGUGCCCAGUGUGCCGUGCUCCAGCCACUCAUACCCAGCCAAUUUUCUUACCUUUGUCGGUUGUGAAAGAAGGCUUCACAAUGAACAAUGUAAUAUUAGGAAACAACGGUGCUGAGCAAAUCGAGGUUUAGCUGUUUACCCAGUUGCGCCACCAUAACAAAAACUUUGAUAUAUUCGUACUUCAAUGCAAACUACGUGACUUCUGUGAUCCGUAAUUUGGCGGAAUGAGAGCGGCUUGUCCGUUUUUGUUUUCACUUACUUUAAAUACCUCUGUAUUUGUACAACUAACUUUAUGUGAUGGCUUUGUAUUUUCCAGUUUGAAUUUUCCAGAGGAUUGAUAAAUUAUGCUUUACAUUUCAAA